AUGAGCGAUGAGGAGAGUGAGGAGUGCGAAGGUGGUAAGAGGGAGAGUGAGGAGUGCGAAGGUGGUAAGAGGGAGAGUGAGGAGUGCGAAGGUGGUAAGAGGGAGAGUGAGGAGUGCGAAGGUGGUAAGAGGGAGAGUGAGGAGUGCGAAGGUGGUAAGAGGGAGAGUGAGGAGUGCGAAGGUGGUAAGAGGGAGAGUGAGGAGUGCGAAGGUGGUAAGAGGGAGAGUGAGGAGUGCGAAGGUGGUAAGAGGGAGAGUGAGGAGUGCGAAGGUGGUAAGAGGGAGAGUGAGGAGUGCGAAGGUGACAAGAGGGAGAGUGAGGAGUGCGAAGGUGACAAGAGGGAGAGUGAGGAGUGCGAAGGUGGUAAGAGGGAGAGUGAGGAGUGCGAAGGUGGUAAGAGGGAGAGUGAGGAGUGCGAAGGUGGUAAGAGGGAGAGUGAGGAGUGCGAAGGUGGUAAGAGGGAGAGUGAGGAGUGCGAAGGUGGUAAGAGGGAGAGUGAGGAGUGCGAAGGUGGUAAGAGGGAGAGUGAGGAGUGCGAAGGUGGUAAGAGGGAGAGUGAGGAGUGCGAAGGUGGUAAGAGGGAGAGUGAGGAGUGCGAAGGUGGUAAGAGGGAGAGUGAGGAGUGCGAAGGAGGUAAGAGGGAGAGUGAGGAGUGCGAAGGUGGUAAGAGGGAGAGUGAGGAGUGCGAAGGUGACAAGAGGGAGAGUGAGGAGUGCGAAGGAGACAAGAGGGAGAGUGAGGAGUGCGAAGGUGACAAGAGGGAGAGUGAGGAGUGCGAAGGUGACAAGAGGGAGAGUGAGGAGUGCGAAGGUGACAAGAGGGAGAGUGAGGAGUGCGAAGGUGGUAAGAGGGAGAGUGAGGAGUGCGAAGGUGGUAGAGGGAGAGUGAGGAGUGCGAAGGUGAGGGAGAGUGAGGAGUGCGAAGGUGGUAAGAGGGAGAGUGAGGAGUGCGAAGGUGGUAAGAGGGAGAGUGAGGAGUGCGAAGGUGGUAAGAGGGAGAGUGAGGAGUGCGAAGGUGGUAAGAGGGAGAGUGAGGAGUGCGAAGGUGGUAAGAGGGAGAGUGAGGAGUGCGAAGGAGGUAAGAGGGAGAGUGAGGAGUGCGAAGGUGACAAGAGGGAGAGUGAGGAGUGCGAAGGUGACAAGAGGGAGAGUGAGGAGUGCGAAGGAGACAAGAGGGAGAGUGAGGAGUGCGAAGGUGACAAGAGGGAGAGUGAGGAGUGCGAAGGUGACAAGAGGGAGAGUGAGGAGUGCGAAGGUGACAAGAGGGAGAGUGAGGAGUGCGAAGGUGGUAAGAGGGAGAGUGAGGAGUGCGAAGGUGGUAAGAGGGAGAGUGAGGAGUGCGAAGGUGGUAAGAGGGAGAGUGAGGAGUGCGAAGGUGGUAAGAGGGAGAGUGAGGAGUGCGAAGGUGACAAGAGGGAGAGUGAGGAGUGCGAAGGUGGUAAGAGGGAGAGUGAGGAGUGCGAAGGUGGUAAGAGGGAGAGUGAGGAGUGCGAAGGUGGUAAGAGGGAGAGUGAGGAGUGCGAAGGUGGUAAGAGGGAGAGUGAGGAGUGCGAAGGUGGUAAGAGGGAGAGUGAGGAGUGCGAAGGUGGUAAGAGGGAGAGUGAGGAGUGCGAAGGUGGUAAGAGGGAGAGUGAGGAGUGCGAAGGUGACAAGAGGGAGAGUGAGGAGUGCGAAGGUGGUAAGAGGGAGAGUGAGGAGUGCGAAGGAGGUAAGAGGGAGAGUGAGGAGUGCGAAGGUGACAAGAGGGAGAGUGAGGAGUGCGAAGGUGACAAGAGGGAGAGUGAGGAGUGCGAAGGUGACAAGAGGGAGAGUGAGGAGUGCGAAGGUGGUAAGAGGGAGAGUGAGGAGUGCGAAGGUGGUAAGAGGGAGAGUGAGGAGUGCGAAGGUGGUAAGAGGGAGAGUGAGGAGUGCGAAGGUGGUAAGAGGGAGAGUGAGGAGUGCGAAGGUGACAAGAGGGAGAGUGAGGAGUGCGAAGGUGGUAAGAGGGAGAGUGAGGAGUGCGAAGGUGGCAGGAGGGAGAGUGAGGAGUGCGAAGGUGGUAAGAGGGAGAGUGAGGAGUGCGAAGGUGGUAAGAGGGAGAGUGAGGAGUGCGAAGGUGGUAAGAGGGAGAGUGAGGAGUGCGAAGGUGGUAAGAGGGAGAGUGAGGAGUGCGAAGGUGGUAAGAGGGAGAGUGAGGAGUGCGAAGGUGGUAAGAGGGAGAGUGAGGAGUGCGAAGGUGGUAAGAGGGAGAGUGAGGAGUGCGAAGGUGGUAAGAGGGAGAGUGAGGAGUGCGAAGGAGGUAAGAGGGAGAGUGAGGAGUGCGAAGGAGACAAGAGGGAGAGUGAGGAGUGCGAAGGUGACAAGAGGGAGAGUGAGGAGUGCGAAGGUGACAAGAGGGAGAGUGAGGAGUGCGAAGGUGACAAGAGGGAGAGUGAGGAGUGCGAAGGUGGUAAGAGGGAGAGUGAGGAGUGCGAAGGUGGUAAGAGGGAGAGUGAGGAGUGCGAAGGUGGUAAGAGGGAGAGUGAGGAGUGCGAAGGUGGUAAGAGGGAGAGUGAGGAGUGCGAAGGUGACAAGAGGGAGAGUGAGGAGUGCGAAGGUGGUAAGAGGGAGAGUGAGGAGUGCGAAGGUGGUAAGAGGGAGAGUGAGGAGUGCGAAGGUGGUAAGAGGGAGAGUGAGGAGUGCGAAGGUGGUAAGAGGGAGAGUGAGGAGUGCGAAGGUGGUAAGAGGGAGAGUGAGGAGUGCGAAGGUGGUAAGAGGGAGAGUGAGGAGUGCGAAGGUGGUAAGAGGGAGAGUGAGGAGUGCGAAGGAGGUAAGAGGGAGAGUGAGGAGUGCGAAGGUGACAAGAGCGAGAGUGAGGAGUGCGAAGGUGACAAGAGCGAGAGUGAGGAGUGCGAAGGAGACAAGAGGGAGAGUGAGGAGUGCGAAGGUGACAAGAGGGAGAGUGAGGAGUGCGAAGGUGACAAGAGGGAGAGUGAGGAGUGCGAAGGUGACAAGAGGGAGAGUGAGGAGUGCGAAGGUGGUAAGAGGGAGAGUGAGGAGUGCGAAGGUGGUAGAGGGAGAGUGAGGAGUGCGAAGGUGAGGGAGAGUGAGGAGUGCGAAGGUGGUAAGAGGGAGAGUGAGGAGUGCGAAGGUGGUAAGAGGGAGAGUGAGGAGUGCGAAGGUGACAAGAGGGAGAGUGAGGAGUGCGAAGGUGACAGGAGGGAGAGUGAGGAGUGCGAAGGUGGUAAGAGGGAGAGUGAGGAGUGCGAAGGUGGUAAGAGGGAGAGUGAGGAGUGCGAAGGUGGUAAGAGGGAGAGUGAGGAGUGCGAAGGUGGUAAGAGGGAGAGUGAGGAGUGCGAAGGUGGUAAGAGGGAGAGUGAGGAGUGCGAAGGUGGUAAGAGGGAGAGUGAGGAGUGCGAAGGUGGUAAGAGGGAGAGUGAGGAGUGCGAAGGUGGUAAGAGGGAGAGUGAGGAGUGCGAAGGAGGUAAGAGGGAGAGUGAGGAGUGCGAAGGUGACAAGAGGGAGAGUGAGGAGUGCGAAGGUGACAAGAGGGAGAGUGAGGAGUGCGAAGGAGACAAGAGGGAGAGUGAGGAGUGCGAAGGUGACAAGAGGGAGAGUGAGGAGUGCGAAGGUGACAAGAGGGAGAGUGAGGAGUGCGAAGGUGACAAGAGGGAGAUUGAGGAGUGCGAAGGUGGUAAGAGGGAGAGUGAGGAGUGCGAAGGUGGUAAGAGGGAGAGUGAGGAGUGCGAAGGUGGUAAGAGGGAGAGUGAGGAGUGCGAAGGUGGUAAGAGGGAGAGUGAGGAGUGCGAAGGUGACAAGAGGGAGAGUGAGGAGUGCGAAGGUGGUAAGAGGGAGAGUGAGGAGUGCGAAGGUGGUAAGAGGGAGAGUGAGGAGUGCGAAGGUGGUAAGAGGGAGAGUGAGGAGUGCGAAGGUGGUAAGAGGGAGAGUGAGGAGUGCGAAGGUGGUAAGAGGGAGAGUGAGGAGUGCGAAGGUGGUAAGAGGGAGAGUGAGGAGUGCGAAGGUGGUAAGAGGGAGAGUGAGGAGUGCGAAGGUGGUAAGAGGGAGAGUGAGGAGUGCGAAGGUGACAAGAGGGAGAGUGAGGAGUGCGAAGGUGGUAAGAGGGAGAGUGAGGAGUGCGAAGGAGGUAAGAGGGAGAGUGAGGAGUGCGAAGGUGACAAGAGGGAGAGUGAGGAGUGCGAAGGUGACAAGAGGGAGAGUGAGGAGUGCGAAGGUGACAAGAGGGAGAGUGAGGAGUGCGAAGGUGGUAAGAGGGAGAGUGAGGAGUGCGAAGGUGGUAAGAGGGAGAGUGAGGAGUGCGAAGGUGGUAAGAGGGAGAGUGAGGAGUGCGAAGGUGGUAAGAGGGAGAGUGAGGAGUGCGAAGGUGACAAGAGGGAGAGUGAGGAGUGCGAAGGUGGUAAGAGGGAGAGUGAGGAGUGCGAAGGUGGUAAGAGGGAGAGUGAGGAGUGCGAAGGUGGUAAGAGGGAGAGUGAGGAGUGCGAAGGUGGUAAGAGGGAGAGUGAGGAGUGCGAAGGUGGUAAGAGGGAGAGUGAGGAGUGCGAAGGUGGUAAGAGGGAGAGUGAGGAGUGCGAAGGUGACAAGAGGGAGAGUGAGGAGUGCGAAGGUGGUAAGAGGGAGAGUGCGGAGUGCGAAGGUGGUAAGAGGGAGAGUGAGGAGUGCGAAGGUGGUAAGAGGGAGAGUGAGGAGCGCGAAGGUGGUAAGAGGGAGAGUGAGGAGUGCGAAGGUGGUAAGAGGGAGAGUGAGGAGUGCGAAGGUGGUAAGAGGGAGAGUGAGGAGUGCGAAGGUGGUAAGAGGGAGAGUGAGGAGUGCGAAGGUGGUAAGAGGGAGAGUGAGGAGUGCGAAGGUGGUAAGAGGGAGAGUGAGGAGUGCGAAGGAGGUAAGAGGGAGAGUGAGGAGUGCGAAGGUGGUAAGAGGGAGAGUGAGGAGUGCGAAGGUGACAAGAGGGAGAGUGAGGAGUGCGAAGGAGACAAGAGGGAGAGUGAGGAGUGCGAAGGUGACAAGAGGGAGAGUGAGGAGUGCGAAGGUGAAAAGAGGGAGAGUGAGGAGUGCGAAGGUGACAAGAGGGAGAGUGAGGAGUGCGAAGGUGGUAAGAGGGAGAGUGAGGAGUGCGAAGGUGGUAAGAGGGAGAGUGAGGAGUGCGAAGGUGGUAAGAGGGAGAGUGAGGAGUGCGAAGGUGGUAAGAGGGAGAGUGAGGAGUGCGAAGGUGACAAGAGGGAGCGUGAGGAGUGCGAAGGUGGUAAGAGGGAGAGUGAGGAGUGCGAAGGUGGUAAGAGGGAGAGUGAGGAGUGCGAAGGUGGUAAGAGGGAGAGUGAGGAGUGCGAAGGUGGUAAGAGGGAGAGUGAGGAGUGCGAAGGUGGUAAGAGGGAGAGUGAGGAGUGCGAAGGUGGUAAGAGGGAGAGUGAGGAGUGCGAAGGUGGUAAGAGGGAGAGUGAGGAGUGCGAAGGUGGUAAGAGGGAGAGUGAGGAGUGCGAAGGUGGUAAGAGGGAGAGUGAGGAGUGCGAAGGUGGUAAGAGGGAGAGUGAGGAGUGCGAAGGAGGUAAGAGGGAGAGUGAGGAGUGCGAAGGUGACAAGAGGGAGAGUGAGGAGUGCGAAGGUGACAAGAGGGAGAGUGAGGAGUGCGAAGGUGACAAGAGGGAGAGUGAGGAGUGCGAAGGUGACAAGAGGGAGAGUGAGGGGUGCGAAGGUGACAAGAGGGAGAGUGAGGAGUGCGAAGGUGACAAGAGGGAGAGUGAGGAGUGCGAAGGUGACAAGAGGGAGAGUGAGGAGUGCGAAGGUGACAAGAGGGAGAGUGAGGAGUGCGAAGGUGACAAGAGGGAGAGUGAGGAGUGCGAAGGUGACAAGAGGGAGAGUGAGGAGUGCGAAGGUGACAAGAGGGAGAGUGAGGAGUGCGAAGGUGACAAGAGGGAGAGUGAGGAGUGCGAAGGUGACAAGAGGGAGAGUGAGGAGUGCGAAGGUGACAAGAGGGAGAGUGAGGAGUGCGAAGGUGACAAGAGGGAGAGUGAGGAGUGCGAAGGUGACAAGAGGGAGAGUGAGGAGUGCGAAGGUGACAAGAGGGAGAGUGAGGAGUGCGAAGGUGACAAGAGGGAGAGUGAGGAGUGCGAAGGUGACAAGAGGGAGAGUGAGGAGUGCGAAGGUGACAAGAGGGAGAGUGAGGAGUGCGAAGGUGAAAAGAGGGAGAGUGAGGAGUGCGAAGGUGACAAGAGGGAGAGUGAGGAGUGCGAAGGUGGUAAGAGGGAGAGUGAGGAGUGCGAAGGUGGUAAGAGGGAGAGUGAGGAGUGCGAAGGUGGUAAGAGGGAGAGUGAGGAGUGCGAAGGAGGUAAGAGGGAGAGUGAGGAGUGCGAAGGUGACAAGAGGGAGAGUGAGGAGUGUGAAGGUGACAAGAGGGAGAGUGAGGAGUGCGAAGGUGACAAGAGGGAGAGUGAGGAGUGCGAAGGUGACAAGAGGGAGAGUGAGGAGUGCGAAGGUGACAAGAGGGAGAGUGAGGAGUGCGAAGGUGACAAGAGGGAGAGUGAGGAGUGCGAAGGUGACAAGAGGGAGAGUGAGGAGUGCGAAGGUGACAAGAGGGAGAGUGAGGAGUGCGAAGGUGACAAGAGGGAGAGUGAGGAGUGCGAAGGUGACAAGAGGGAGAGUGAGGAGUGCGAAGGUGACAAGAGGGAGAGUGAGGAGUGCGAAGGUGACAAGAGGGAGAGUGAGGAGUGCGAAGGUGACAAGAGGGAGAGUGAGGAGUGCGAAGGUGACAAGAGGGAGAGUGAGGAGUGCGAAGGUGACAAGAGGGAGAGUGAGGAGUGCGAAGGUGACAAGAGGGAGAGUGAGGAGUGCGAAGGUGACAAGAGGGAGAGUGAGGAGUGCGAAGGACAGCUUGCCUCUUCCAUCGCCCCGGCACACUCCCCAAUCACGUACACAUGCCCAUUGCAGCACCAGUACCAGUGA